UCAGUACAAUUUAACAACUAGACGUAGAAUGAUCAAAUCAAUAAUUGUGUGUGCGCUUUUCAGCUCGAUGCUUAUCCUUAUCGUAAUUAGUAGGACUAGUAAUGCCGCCACCACAGUCCUGUACGAAUUUCACAUACGCGAAGCUAAUGUCAAGCGAAAUGAAACGGGCGUGCUCAAAAAUGGAAAUUCUAGCGAGCCAGAACUGAUUAUCACGGGCACACGCACCUCUACGGUAAUAUUGCAGUCCCAUAAACCCAACGGUUCGAGCUGUAUCUAUAAGGAAACGGCUGUGUACAAUGCCGACAAAAACGGAUAUCGUGUCAAAUACAACUACAGUUUAGUACCAUUCGAGCUUGACACGCGUCUUCAUGCCACAACACUCAAGAUAGCCACUGGUUGAAUGGGAAUAUUAGUUCACUUAUAUGCGAUUUACUCAAAAGCAUAUUGCAUUGCACACAUACUUUAAAAAUCAGCAACUAAUGAUCCUUGAAACCAUGAAAUCAAGGCAAAUAUGAUUCUUCCUCUGACUUGGAUAUAAGUGGCUUAAGUGGCGUUGAAGAGAAAGAGAUCAUGGUUCAUAUUUAGAUUGAACUUAAUACACUAAUUAUCUUUAAAGUAACUUAAAUAAAAUACUACUUAUACACUUAGCUUAGAUAAACGUCAAAA